CAUCUGCGUGCGUGCAUCCGGUUCAUUUGUGUUAGUGACUGCAUUGCUCAUGGUUCUCUAAAGCAAAUAUGCCCAACAAAAAGAACAAAAACCAACCUAAAAAUGCUUUUUAUUACUACAUGAUAUCUUUACGUCCUCAGCUGGAGAGACAAGGGGUAGUUUUGGCGAAUGGAAUGCAAUCUUUAGCUGAGUUAGCUGGGCCAAGAUGGAAGGACCUCCCAGAGCAUGAAAAAGAAGUGUACCAGGAAAUGGCCAGGCAGGCCAAGGCAAACAAACAGAGUUAUGGUGGAUUGCGAAAUGACCGUAGAGACUGUACUGGUCAGCUAUUAUCUCAAAGAGUUGAUACUGUUAGCCUGAAUGAAAACAAGCGACGCAGGCAGAGAGAAGAAGUGAAAUCAGCCUGGCCUCCUGGAAAAUUGGUCUGUGAUGAGAGGUUCUUCUUCAUUGGCUUUAUGUCUUUGUGUCCAGCAUCUUCUGAUGACCUACAGCUACCUUGUGAGCUGGGGGUGGCGGAAUUCUCUAUCAACAGGGGUAUUAUCAACACCAUGCACAGAUUCAUUCAUCCAGGGGAAAUACCACUUGGAUACAGAUAUGAAUGCAUGAGUACUAGUGAGAAAACUCACAAGAUUCCUAUAGAAGGUCUUGUGAGAGAUGAAGAUACCCACCAAAGAAUAUUAUGGGACCUCUUGAGAUUUGUAAAUCCUGAUGGACAUUCAGUUUUUCCACCAGUAUAUAGCAGGGCAUCAGAAACCAAACUAACAGAGGCCUGUCUUGACUGUUUAGCAAGAAAUGCAGAAAUGCCAAACAGACUGAAAAAGGUUUAUGAACUAGAGGGAUUAAUUACUGAUUUGCAUAGCCAUAUUGCAACAGAAGGGCAGUCGAUAUCCAAGGCUCAAGCUACUGAUCUUAUAUCUACCACAGUCUUUGACUAUGAACCAGGUGCAAGAUGUGAGUGGCAUGAUGAACAGGAAGUGAAGUAUUGUGCACUAGGAACUGUCAAAAGAUACAGUUACUGUAUGGCAGACUUUCUUUGCCCCCAUUAUAAUGUACCUCUAUCUGUAAAUCACGUGCCUGAGAGACCAGAGGGUUCUUUCUGCACAGUAUUAAGUGGCCAAGAGAAUAACACAGUAAAUGGUAGCAGAAAUAAUAAUAAUAAUAAUGACGAUGAUGAUGAUGAAACCAACUUGUAUGCAUCAUACAACAGAACAGAUAGGCCACAAAUGGAUGGUGGUUCUGGGAAUACCAUGGAAUCAUUCCACAGAUUCGGCCCUACCUACGAAUCAGAUGAUAUUCAGUCCUAUAGAAAUGGGACAGCUAUUAAUCCUCCAAGUCAACUACCUCAGUAUAAUUACCCUCAACGACCAAGCAUUCCAGGAGGUGGUGGUGGCAGCAGCGCGCCGUUUGGACGUGGUAGAGGCAGAGGAAGAGGUGUACCUUCCAGUCAGUUUGUUCGUCAGCCAAACAUGGCUGCAGCUCAUUCAGUUGGAUACAGCGGUAGCGAACCAGGAUAUCCAGGAGGCGCUGCAAGACCGACGAGCAAGGCUCCUGUUUCAGGGUCUGUAUUAAACUACGCAAGCAAGGGCCGAGGUGUAUCGCGUAUUCCAAACACAACCCCAAAGGUAUAUUCGGGCUCUGCUAAUGCUCCUCAUCCAUCGUUCGCCCCACCACCUCCGUUGGCAUGGCAACAGCCACCUGACCAUUAUCAACAACAACAACAACAACAACAAAUACAUCGGUUACAAAACCGACAGAAAUAUCAAGGACGAGGAGGAGGACCUUAUCAAGAAAAUAAUGUAUCCGGAAGGCGGAAUGUCAGUGACGUCAUGAACAUGAUGGCCCAUAUGAGCAUGUUUGAGAAUCAAUAGCCAGUACUAUAAUGAUAUAAUAAUACGGUAUUUAUCAAAGGAUUUGUUAUAUACUGUUCAAGUUAGUUCUAUUUGCUUCAACCUUCGCCACCCGACUUACUAUCACAAGUAAGAAAGCCGUGAGGAACUAUGAGAAGCUUGUGUAAUCUAUAACCAGCUAUAUCAAUAGCGCGACUUUCGUAUGGGUGAGUGGAAAACAAUGCGGUAAAUUCGCAGUAGCUGUACUAUCAACUAUACCGUUUUUAACCGUAGACGUAACUAAGCGUUGUAAUUGGAUGAAUUACUCGAAUGCAAUGGGGAGCCAUUUCAGUAUUACGUUAAUCAGUGUCGUAUCGUAUACCCGCCAAACGUCAGUACCGUACGUUCCCCAUCCAUACGAAAACCACUCUAUAGUUUCGAAGAAUAUUCACUUUAUUAGGCUGUUGUAUAUUUCGCCUGCUAAGACAAUUCAGUUCCAGCCUUUACGUAUUUAAUUUUGAGCCACUCUUCUGUCGUUUUGAGUGGAGAUAUCGUAAAGUUGCUUUAAGAUAUUUCAUUUGAUCAUGAUUUAUUUUCGUUCCCCUUAACUGGACCACUGGGAUUUCAUGCUUUUCUUUCUGUCGUUAAAGGGAAAUGCAUUCGUUAUUUAUUUCUCACUUAUCUUACAUAUUGGCGGGCGUUUCGGACUCACCGAGUAUGAAAGCUAAGCGUGGGCUCCCAUUGCACGGACAGAAGCAUAAAUACAGACCUUUCGCAAAUUCGCUCAGGUGACCCAAUACUAUGGUUCUAAAUCGAAGUUGGAUAUAACAAAAUACAGUAAAUGUAUAAACACAUUAAGUCCAACCUCGACAUGGAGUCAUUGUUUCGUGGUCACUCAAUCGAAUCUGCAAAAGGUCUAUAGCCCCAGAAAGCUCUAGCCGGCAAUGUUUAUACAUGAUUAGUAGUAAAUGCAUGCGUGUAGGACGAAAAAAUAUUGCAUGUGCAUGCUUCCAUUAUAUAACCUAGUUAAGAUUUUGAUCUCUCCUUUGACCGUUAAAGGUAGCCCAUCUAAGUAAGAGCGAAAAGCCAAAAGAAGGGGCUAUUGUCUGGUCUAACUAAUGACCCCGAUGGAGUGCAUACCAUAUAUCCGUGACUGGAAAAGUUAACUUACAAAAUGGUACUGAAUUAUUACAACGUUUUGUAAGUAUGCGGUCUACCGAACUUACUAAUUCGUGCAAUUUCUAACUGUUUUGUUUUUUCACGGAUAUAUGGUAUGCAAUAUAGUAGCUAAGGAAAUUGGAAAACUUUUCAUUUCCGUCGCUUUUCUUACAGUUUCUUAAAAUUUCGAGCUCAAGACUUUAAUUAAUAAUAAAAAGUCAAUAAUUUGCAAGAUAUCCUUUAGCAUUUUGCGAAGUAGGUUUCUCUGAGAUCUGUAACGUCUGUAACGGCUGGAACCAACUCUGUGGAUUUUUGAGCUGACGCUAUGUUUUAUUUUUCUGAACGGAAGCCGAAGCAGUGACGGAUCUUGAAUCUUGAAAAGAGCGGGAAGAGAGGAAAAUAUCAUUGAACACUGACUAAUUAAAAAUGAAAGACAAAGCA